GGGCCUUCCUGCCAAUGCAAUCUUGACCAACCACUGUCAAUCAUUCAUAAAGUGUCAACAAAAGAUCUUACGAAACAAACAAAAAAGAAGUUGAAUCAUCUCUUCAACAAGAACAUGGAGUUCCAACAUAUGCUCAGUUCAACAAUCAGGAAGGAGCGGGCAUAUUACGCAUGCGCAGUCGCCGCUUUCCAAUUGUUCGGAUGAGCUCAAAUCCUUCAGCACAAACGAAGGCCCGCGACCCGAAAACCGGCAAAGUCACGACUCACGAGCGUCCGGGCUCGACGGUGAUGAACGAGAGCAGCCACAAUGGAGGAGGAGAGUCAAAUCAACUUCAAAGCUCUGAGGGCCAAGUUUCAGGAGGAAGCUCUUUUGGCUCAGUCCAAAACCAAUCGACCGGCUGUAGCGGAAAAACCCAGAAACCUUCUCCCUGCUGGAGGACAUUGUAGUUCGGUGGUCGGCAGUAUCAAUAUUGCCACAGAAAACAAGACGACUGUGGUUCCCAGAGUUAUCUUCAGAGACGAACUGCGAGCUUCUGGGGGAAAGCGGCCAAUUUCGAUUCCACCACAGCCGCCGCAGAUCUCCCCAUCUGCUAGGCCCGCGAGUGCGGACGGCACAAAAAAGCAGUCCUUCAUAGAGCGACGCAUGCCUCGGGUGCUUCCUGUCCUGUGUUCCAAAGAGCACAAGACGGACCCGCAAACCGCCAAAGAGUCUCGACAAGAACAAGAGACGGUGAAAGAAAUCAUCCCGCAAAUAAAACCCAAAAAGAAUCAUUUGCUGCUUGCUUUUAAGUCCUCCAAAUUGUCAAAGUUUAGCAUAGAAAGCGAAGAGGAACCCACGUAUGCCGAAUUGACCAGCAGACCUUCGAGUGCUCCUGGCGAGCUGCCCUCUGCGCCAAAGCACGCGUCAGAAGACUGCGUUUGGCUCCAGGGAGACCAAUUAAGCGCAGAUUGGCGCCUCUCCAGUCCAGACGUCUCAGUCACUCCUCUGUCAGCAGAGGCCAGCGUUGACUCUGACAAUCACGUCAUGAGCACCUUGGAGAGGGCCAAGAAGAAGUUCUCCUGCAGGCACGUAUCCGUUUCCAGCAAACCAAAGAGUCUGCGUUCCCCUGACUUUGCAUCGCGCGAGAGGGCGUUCCCUUCGCCCCCCGACCACACGGAAAAGGUGGAGCCUGUCCUACCUCCGCUCCCUCCGCCACCCGUCGCUCUCCCACACCUGUCUUGCAUCUCUGCCCGACCUUUCUCCAAAGUCACCAACUCCGCUCGAAAGCCUCCAUUUCUGAAGCAGUGUCGCCCGGAUAAAGCUGAAGCUCCUCCUGUCGCUGCAGAACUUCCAUCCCACUCGGCUCCUCAAAAGAAUCCUCUGCCUGACUUGAGGUCACUCGGGGAAAAGCCAUUAAAGCCUCCCAGACCUCCAUUAGUCGCUCUCAGACAUUACAACCAACCUUCACUUCGUGAGGUGUUAAAAGAUCUCAGCAAAGAGCCAGCCAAAGGUCCGGAGUCUGAAAAGCUGAUCUCCACUGCUGUCCUGGAUGCUCCUGUCUUUCCAGACUUUGAGAAUCCAGAGAUGGAACCCACAGAGAGUGAAGCUGUAGAUCUUGCUGCUUUAGACCUAGAGGUUCUAGAUUUGGGAGCUCUUCGCUCUCCACCUCCCGCGCCAACUGACUGCGGACUUCCCGAAUCCAAGGCUUCGCAAUCUGACACGUGUGCUUCCGCGGGAGCCAAUGAAAGCGCUGUUGUCCAGCAGCUGAGACCCGGCAGUCAGAACGGAAUAGCUCCUCAUUCAGCCGUCUUCGCUGAACCGUCAAAUGUGGCAGAGUGCGUCACAACGGACCGAAGGAGCCCGAGCGAGGACGUGAUCGCGCCGCCGCCUCCUCCGACCGCCUGCGCCGAUGAGGCGGAACUGUCAGCUGCUGAGCCUGUCCGACAUGAGCCUGAGCUCAGUCUUCAAGCCGUGCCAACUCAUGAUGGGAUUUGCACGCAUACAAGUGAACAAGACUAUGAGUGUGAAAAUGUAUAUGAAGAUGUGGAAAACAUCAACAAAUUCUUCUUGUGCCAGAACUCUCGCAAGCAAAAAGGCAACCUGAAGAAUCCAUAUGCUGACAGCAACCUUCCUGUGAAAGAGGAGGUGUCGCUUAACAUUUGGCCACGGAAUCCAUGGGGCAGCAUCUCAGGAGAACAUUCAUCCCAUAAUCAUGUCUACAGCAAGGAACGCCAAAGCCCCAACACCGCUGAGUGUAAGGAACUGAAGAAGAGAGAGAAGCAGCGACUGGAGAAGGAGAAAAAGGAGCAAAAAGAGAGGGAGAAGAAAGACAAUGAAAUGAAAAAGAAGUUUAAAGUGACGGGGGAUGAAGAGCCGAUGUACCACGCUAAGGUGAUGGUGGCGAGUAAACUCCGCAAGAAUGACCUUCCUGUUAAAAGCGGGGACACGGUCAGCAUAAUUCGGACUACCAACUGCCCCAAAGGCAAAUGGCUGGCACGGGACACGAGCCAAAAAUAUGGCUACAUCUCAGUGAUGAAUGUGGAGCUUAAUAUCAAGGAGAUGCUGGAACUGGGCAAAAAGGCCCAAGCGGCCGGACGCGGUAGCAACGUGGAUGGAGACACGAUCAGCAUUGGCAGCAGAUCCUCAAGCCAUCUUGUAGUUACAAGCAGUUUCACUGACGACAGCGAGGAGUGGGCCUGCGAAGACGAGACGCUCUCAGCCUGCUACGUUAGCCACGUUCCCCAUCAAGCAACCGCAGUGCCUGAAACACCAGGUGACCUUGCUGGCACCCAGCUCACGUUGAGCGAUGGCAACCUUGAGGAUCCGCACACUCAGACAAGACACGAAGCCCUGCAGAAGCUUGCCAUCUUCUUCGAACACGCCAAAGGCGAAUUUGGUGACGUUCCUGAUAGCGGCGCUCCUACUCCUACUAAUGCUGAGCCGCCAAGCUUCUUGCGCGCCGUUGAGGAGCUUCCUUAUCCUGAACAGGAAGUGGACUUCUCCGAGCUGGGACUCAUUCCUCCGCCGCCUCUAUAUGCCGACACCGUCUGAGUUUUGGCUCACAACAUCCAGUAUAAUUUGAAAGUGUACACUUGAUUAUCUGUUGGGGGGAAAAAAAAGCCAUCCCUGGCCAAUUAAACAUAAGCAUCCUGAAUGACGCUUAGAUUUUCCUGGGACUUGUGAAGUUCUACGUGUGGCCUUUUUCACUUUGUUUGAUGAUACCACAUCUGGAUCACAUUGUUUCUUUUGUUAUUGAACACCAUUUUGUUGUUGCACAAUACAAAGCUCACGACUCUUCACAUGUGGAAGAUAAAGCAUGUCUUUUUUUUUUUUUUUUUUUUUAUUUUUUUUUUACAAAUGUUUUUUUGUUUCUGGGUUAAAUGUAAUAAACUGUUUCUGGAGA